AUGUUCUGCGGCAUCAACUUACCAGCAGACUUGCUGUCGAUAACGCGCUGGUACAAGCCACAGAGGGCAGCCAAAGACGCCUUAACAUACCUCGAAGACUCGGCUGAAGCAAUUGCGGAGUUGGUAAUUGCGGAGUUGAGGAAAUCGCGAAUUUGUUAUCAAUCGUCAAGUGGUAUAAACCACAAGGCGCAGUAUACAGUAAGCGAUGCACUAGUCUCAGGAAUAUUGGACCUUACAAAACGUGGUGACAAGAUUGCAGAGAGGCUUCCACAGGACGUCCGGGAAGCUCUCACGAAGCAUGAGCUCAAUGAAGUAAUCCUUCCAACAGAAGUGGAGAAAAUGCUGGAUGAGUUCAUAGCAUCCCAUAAUAAGAGGAGUUGCACUAAUCCGGUAGUGAUUGAGGAUGUGGAAGACACUACUUCCUACAUAAUAAUAUCUGACGACGAGGUAGACGACCCAGAAAACUCUGACAUGGAAAUAGAGUCUGAAAAUGAAGCAACCCAGUUGCCUUUGUUAUGGGAUCAAAGUCGUAGCGUUCCUUCUGAAAGAGGCCUUCAAGAAGCUAAUUCCAAUGUGCUGAAAUAUUUCCCAGUCGAAAAUAACUUUGUUGGUGAAGCGUCAUCCGGGAAGGGGAAGUCAGUCCGCUUCCUACUGCCUGUUCAAGAGAAUGAUGUUCUCUCUGACAGAAUCGAAAAUAUAUUCAGUAAAAGACUAAAAUUGUCUCACGAUAGUCAGGGUCAGCACCUUACGGGAACUCCUGAUGAGCAGCUUAUGCAAACAGACUUGCCAAGUAAACAAAAACGUCGUCGUCGUCGCAAAACCACAGAGAAUCCAAGCAACCUUCAAGCCCAGCCGUUUCACGCACCAUGUGAACCGAACGAGCAAGUAAGCCAGAAUCACGCCGAAGGACUUUGUCGUCAAGCAGAACCAAUGGAUGUUUGCGAGGACAAUAGAGAAAAAAUUAAAGCUAAGGUUGGAAAUAAACUUCGUCUGGCUGCCAGUGAAAGUAUUCUCCGAAUACAGCCACCUCCCAUUAUAGACGCCAACAUAAACAAGUUAAUUCAGAGUAACUGUGACGAGAUGCAAGCUGUACGAAAGAGUUACUUUCGCCUAGUAGUAGCUCACAUUGCUUACCAACAAUACCAAACUGCAAACGAGGGACGUCUGAGUCGUAUGACCGUAGUUUUUACCGAAGACAUGUUCAAGCAAAUCACUAAUUAUUUUCGAAUGGAAGUCGGAUUUGUUGACUAUUUAUAUGGACUAAUGAGAUGUGAAGGCGAAGAAAAGGCAUUACAAUAUCUUGAGCAAGUCAUUAGAGAUGCUCUGAAGCUUGUUUGGGAUACAACAUGUGAUAACUAA